AGUCUGCAGAUGACAGAUCGCAGCUAAGAGCAGCUUGCUGGGUCUCUGGAGGCUGCUGGUGUCUGUCUCAGGGUGCGGUGCAGGCACAGCCAGUGGGAUUUUUUUCCCAGCAGAGCAGAGAGCUGGCCCUCCACUCCUGCUCCUGUGCGGAGCUCACUCCCAUAGGGCAGCCGCCUCUGGACCAGGAGGAGGGUCCCCCAGGACCCCUUGCCUAGCUUGACGGCUGCUCAGACAAGCACCAUCAGACCAGCAUCACCCAGGACGUCUGCCCUCCCUGCAGCCACCAUUAGCCCGGGCGAGGACCCCUCCAGGAUGCAGGUCCCGAACAGCACCGGCCCGGACAACGCGACGCUGCAGAUGCUGCGGAACCCGGCGAUCGCGGUGGCCCUGCCCGUGGUGUACUCGCUGGUGGCGGUGGUCAGCAUCCCGGGCAACCUCUUCUCUCUGUGGGUCUUGUGCCGGCGCAUCGGGCCCAAAUCCCCGUCGGUCAUCUUCAUGAUCAACCUGAGCGUCACGGACCUGAUGCUGGCCAGCGUGUUGCCUUUCCAAAUCUACUACCAUUGCAACCGCAACCACUGGGUAUUCGGGGUGCUGCUUUGCAACGUGGUGACCGUGGCCUUUUACGCAAAUAUGUAUUCCAGCAUCCUCACCAUGACAUGUAUCAGCGUGGAGCGCUUCCUGGGGGUCCUGUACCCGCUCAGCUCCAAGCGCUGGCGCCGCCGUCGUUACGCGGUGGCCGCGUGUGCAGGGACCUGGCUGCUGCUCCUGACCGCCCUGUCCCCGCUGGCGCGCACCGAUCUCACCUACCCGGUGCACGCCCUGGGUAUCAUCACCUGCUUCGACGUCCUCAAGUGGACGAUGCUCCCCAGCGUGGCCAUGUGGGCCGUGUUCCUCUUCACCAUCUUCAUCCUGCUGUUCCUCAUCCCGUUCGUGAUCACCGUGGCUUGUUACACGGCCACCAUCCUCAAGUUGUUGCGCACGGAGGAGGCGCACGGCCGGGAGCAGCGGAGGCGCGCGGUGGGCCUGGCCGCGGUGGUCUUGCUGGCCUUCGUCACCUGCUUCGCCCCCAACAACUUCGUGCUCCUGGCGCACAUCGUGAGCCGCCUGUUCUACGGCAAGAGCUACUACCACGUGUACAAGCUCACGCUGUGUCUCAGCUGCCUCAACAACUGUCUGGACCCGUUUGUUUAUUACUUUGCGUCCCGGGAAUUCCAGCUGCGCCUGCGGGAAUAUUUGGGCUGCCGCCGGGUGCCCAGAGACCCCCUGGACACGCGCCGCGAGAGCCUCUUCUCCGCCAGGACCACGUCCGUGCGCUCCGAGGCCGGUGCGCACCCUGAAGGGAUGGAGGGAGCCCCCAGGCCUGGCCUCCAGAGGCAGGAGAGUGUGUUCUGAGUCCCGGGGGCGCAGCUUGGAGAGCCGGGGGCGCACGGAGAGGCCACGGUGCCAGAGGUUCACGGAGAACAGCUGCGUUGCUCCCAGGCACUGCAGAGGCCCGGUGGGAAAGGGUCUCCAGGCUUUAUUCCUCCCAGGCACUGCAGAGGCACCGGUGAGGAAGGGUCUCCAGGCUUCACUCAGGGUAGAGAAACAAGCAAAGCCCAGCAGCGCACAGGGUGCUUUGUUAUCCUGUAGAGGGUGCUUCUGCCUCUCUGUGUCAGGGGACAGCUUGUGCCACCACGCCCGGCUAAUUUUUGUAUAUUUUUAGUAGAGCCGGGCUGUCACCCCCGAGCUCCUUAGACACUCCUUCUCACACCUGUCCACACCCGAGGGUGGAUAUUCAACCAGCCCCACCGCCUCCCCAACUCGGUUUCUGGAUAUCCUCCCUGGGCUACCUGCGAGCCCCAUUCCCAGCUCUUCUCCCUGCUGACAUCGUCCCUUAGUUGUGGCUCUGGCCUUCUCCAUUGUCCUCCAGGGGUUCUGGUCUCCGUAGCCUGGUGCACGCCGAAAUUUCUGUUUAUUUCACUCAGGGGCACUGUGGUUGCUGUGGUUGGAAUUCUUCUUUCAGGGGAGCGCCUGGGGCUCCUGCAAGUCAGCUACUCUCCGUCCCCACUUCCCCCCCAACACACACCCCACCCUGUUGCUGACCAAGGUGAUUUUUGGCACAUUUGUUCUGACCUGGCUUGGUGGGACCCCACCCCUAUUCUGCUUCUGUGAGUCCCUGAUAGAGAAGGAGGUCCCAUCAGGCCCCUGGAACACACUCAGGCCUCCCAGACUCAGGACAAGGACCAUGGGAGGCCCAGGUGUGGAAAGGAGGCUCCGUGAGAUGGGGUCCAGCCCAUCCCAACCCAAGGGUGCAGCUUGAUUCGGGAGUUCCCCACCUCCUGCCCAUUCUCCGCGUCCUUUUACCCCAUGGGGAGCCUCAGCCAUGGCAAGUCCAUCUGGAGUCCAGGGAGCAGGCAACUGGCCUGACCCAUGAGACCGUUUGGAGACCAGGCAGCAGAUGCAGGUGUGGACCCCAGGAACCUAUAGGGGUGUCAGCCGCUGAGCCCCCUCUGUGCUGUGUGGGUGGUGAGCAGGCUGGGUCUUUGUCUGUCUUCUUCUACACCGGAUGUGCCUGCACCAGCCCCAACACCUGAGCUGGUUUAGCGCAAAGAAGAGCUCUGACUCUCCAGGGGUGCUGGGACAUCAUGUGGAAUUGGAUUCCAGGCUCUCUUGGGCGAGAAAGACCAUUCUGGAGGUGGGAGUGGGAGAGCUGCCUGUCUGCCCAGGGGCUCUGCGUCUCCACAGUGGGUGGCCUUGGAUACCCGUCCCCUCCCUUUCUGUGCACUGGGGACGCUGAUGGAGGCUGAAGCUGCUGUUGGGAGGCCCUCUAUUGGUGCCUCUCUCCUGCCGUCAUCACUAUGGCAGGAAAACAGAGAUGGUUUAGUAAUGAAUUAUCAUUCCCAAACCCGUGUCCACCUGGAACAUCAGGAUGGGACCACGUUUGAAAAUCGGGUCUUUCCAAAUGUAAUUAAGUAAGGCGAGGCCAUCCUGCAUUUACAUUGGGCUCAAUCCAGUGUCCCUAUGAGAGACGGAAGAGGAGACACAGACACAAAGGAGGAGGCCACAUAAAGACAGAGGCAGAGACUGCAGUGAUGCUGCCCCAAGCCCAGGGAUGCCUGGAGUCCCCAGGAGCUGGGAGAGGCAGGAAGGAUCCUCCCCUAGAGUCUCUGGAGGGAACUGGAUACAAUUGCAGAGUGCACUAAACAGUUGCCCCAGAAAGACAUGCUUUGUUUUAAAGCCCAGAACCUGAAAUUAUUAUAGAUUUUAUUUGGUAAUAAGGAACUUUGCAUAUGUCAUUACUUAAGGAUAUGAAGAUGAGAUUGUGCUGGAUUAUUAAGCACCCUAAAUGCCAUGACAGGUGUCCUUCUAAGAGACAGAAGAGGAGACACAGACACAGAGCAGGAGGACACGUGGAGACGGAGGCAGAGACUGGAGUGAUGUGGCCAUAAGCCCAGGGACACCUGGAGCCCCCAGGAGCUGGGAGAGGCAGGAAGGAUCCUCCCCUAGAGCCUCCAGGGGGAACUGGAGGAUGAGUAAGAGACCCAGAACUUCCACAGAAGGAGGAAAAUUAACCUCCUGCUUCUCUAGACUGUUCCAAAGCUGAACCCUAGAAAGCAAAGCUGACACAGAAGCAUCCAGGCCGCAGGAGUACAGGUCGCAAGUGCUGAGCGUGGGCCUUGGGUGUGUCUCACGGGGGAAAAAAAAAACUGUGAAAAACCUCAGAGUAGCAUCUUCACAGUAACGCACGGACGAUCCCUAAACUGCCUUGUAAACAAAAAUGAGAGCUUGAGUCAGAGGAAGCCGAGACAAUAUCCUUCCUCGACAACAUGCGAGAACCCUGACGUCCCCCAGCAAAGGAAGACGUUGCAAGCAGGCAAAAUGCGUCGAUUUUUUUUUUUUUUUUGGUCAGUAUGAUUAUUUUUGCAGCCACUUGGCUAUGGAGAGCAGCCGACACCCCCUCUUACAGCCGUGGAUGUUUCCUGGAAGCUGACUCAGUCUGUUCACUGGCUGAGCUUUGAGUGAAAAGAUAACACAGGUCUAUUGACUCACACACAUGUUUUAAGAUGGAAAACUUUACUUCUGUUCUUGGCAGGACAUGGAGAGAGGGAGGGAUUCCAAAAAGUCUCAGCCUCCAUCAAGGCGUGGCGGCUUAUGCCGGUAAUCUCAGCACUUUGGGAGGCUCAGGCCGGAGGACUGAUUGAGUCCGGGUGUUCAAGGGCCAACCUAGGCAACACAGUGAGAACUCAUCUCUGUAAAAACUAAAAAUAAAACAUUAAAAAAACCAUGAGCUUUGAAGCUGCUUCUAUUUUUUCCCAGGGCACAGGGCAGAUGUGUUUCUGUCUCUGAUUUCUGCAGGGCUUGCAUUUUAAACACACGUCCCAUUUUAUGCUGGAUCCAAUGUCUUAUCCUCUUCACAGGCUCCUUGUCUUGGUCCGUUUAUCCUGCUGGAAACAAACAAAAAAACAAACAAACAAAACACCAUUGCAUUACUCAGAGAUCGCUAGAGGGACAGAACUAAUAGGAUAGAUAGAUAGAUAGACAGAUAGAUAGACAGACAGAUAGAUGAUAGAUAGAUAGAUAGAUAGAUAGAUAGAAGAUAGAUUAGAUAGAUAGUAGAUAGAUUAGAUAGAUAGUAGAUAGAUUAGAUAGUAGAUAGAUAGAUAGAUAGAUAGUAGAUAGAUUAGAUAGUAGAUAGAUUAGAUAGAUAGUAGAUAGAUUAGAUAGGUAGAUAGAUAGUAGAUAGAUUAGAUAGAUAGAUAGUAGAUAGAUUAGAUAGUAGAUAGAUAGAUAGAUGGAUAGUAGAUAGAUUAGAUACAUAGUAGAUAGAUUAGAUAGAUAGUAGAUAGAUUAGAUAGGUAGAUAGAUAGUAGAUAGAUUAGAUAGAUAGAUAGUAGAUACAUUAGACAGAUAGGUAGAUAGAGAGUAGAUAGAUUAGAUAGAUAGUAGAUAGAUUAGAUAGAUAGAUAGAUAGAUAGUAGAUAGAUUACAUAGAUAGAUAGUAGAUAGAUCAGAUAGAUAGAUAGUAGAUAGAUUAGAUAGAUAGAUAGAUAGAUAGAUGAUAGAUAAUAGAUGGAUAGUUAUACAGACGAUAGAUAGAUGGAUACAUAGAUAAACAGAAUGGAUGGAUAGAUAGAUAACAGAUGAUAGCUAGAUAGAUGAUCGGUAGAUAAUGGAUACACAGAUGGAUAAUAGAUACAUAGACAACAUAAGAGGGGGGAUAAAUGAUAGAUGAGAUAGGUAGGUAGAUAAAAUAGAUAGAUGAUAGGUAGAUAGAAUAGAUAGAUAGAUGAUAGAUGGGUAGAUUGAUAGAUGAUAUAUCUAAUGAUAGAUGAUAGAUGAUAGAUACAUAGAUGAUAGAUUGAUAGAUGAUAGACAGAUGAAUGAUAGAUAAAUGAUAAUACUAAAUACAUAGAUGGAUAGAUUGAUAGAUGAUAGACAUACAAAUGAUAGAUACAUAGAUACAUAGAUGGAUAGAUAGAUAUAUAGAUAGAUGAUAGACACAUACAUACAUACAUACAGAUGGAUAGAUACAUAGAUAGAUGAUAGACAGACACAUACAUACAUAGAUGAUAGAUACAUACAUACAUAGAUGGAUACAUAGAUGAUAGAUAGAUACAUACAUACCUAGAUAGAUGGAUACAUAGAUGAUAGACAGAUACAUACAUAGAUGGAUAGAUAGAUAGAUGAUAGAUACAUACAUAGAUGGAUAGAUAGAUGAUAGAUAGACAGAUACAUACAUAGAUAUAUGGAUAGAUGAUAGAUACACACAUAGGUGGAUAGAUAGAUGAUACAUACAUACAUACAUACAUAGAUGGAUAGAUAGAUGAUAGACAGAUACAUACAUAUAUACACAGAUGGAUAGAUAGAUGAUAGAUAGAUACAUAGAUGAUAGACAGACACAUACAUACAUAGAUGGCUAGAUAGACAGAUGAUAGACAGAUACAUACAUAGACAGAUAGAUAGACAGAUACAUACAUACAUAGAUAGAUGGAUAGAUACAUAGGUAGAUGAUAGAUAGGCAGACAUAUACAUACAUACAUAGAUAGAUGGAUACAUAGAUGAUAGACAGAUACAUACAUACAUACAUAGAUGGAUAGAUAGAUGAUAGAUACAUACAUACAUAGAUGGAUAGCUACAUAGAUGAUAGAUAGAUACAUACAUACAUAGAUGGAUGAUAGGUAGACGAUAGAUUGAUAGAUGAUAGAUGAAUAUAUAGAUGAUGGAUAAAUGGAUAGAUAGAUGGAUAACAGACUGAUGAUGGAAAGAUAGACAGAUGGAUAGAAGAUAGAUAGAUAAUGGAUCGAUGAUGGAAAGAUAGAAAGAUGGGUAGAUGGAUAGAAGAUAGAUAGAUAGAUGAUAGAUAGAUAAUGGAUAGUUAUACAGACGAUAGAUAGAUGGAUACAUAGAUAAACAGAAUGGAUGGAUAGAUAGAUAAUAGAUGAUAGCUAGAUAGAUGAUAGGUAGAUAAUGGAUACACAGAUGGAUAAUAGAUACAUAGACAACAUAAGAGGGGGGAUAAAUGAUAGAUGAGAUAGGUAGGUAGAUACAAUAGAUAGAUGAUAGGUAGGUAGAAUAGAUAGAAAGAUAGAUGAUAGAUGGGUAGAUUGAUAGAUGAUAUAUCUAAUGAUUGAUGAUAGAUACAUAGAUGGUAGAUUGAUAAAUGAUGGAUAGACAGAUGAAUGAUAGACAAAUGAUAAUACAUAGAUACAUAGAUGGAUAGAUUGACAGAUGAUAGACAAAUGAUAGAUACAUAGAUGGAUAGAUAGAUGAUAGAUACAUACAGAUGGAUACAUACAUACAUACAUACAGAUGGAUAGAUACAUGGAUAGAUGAUAGAUAGAUACAUACAUAGAUAGAUGAUAGAUAUACAUACAUACAUACAUAGAUGGAUACAUAGAUAGAUGAUAGAUACAUACAUACAUACAUAGAUGGAUACAUAGAUGAUAGAUAGACAGAUACAUACAUACAUAGAUAGAUGGAUAGAUGAUAGAUACAUACAUAG